UAAAACAUCAGGCAAGAACAAACCCACCGCACUCUCACUCUCUCUCUCUUCACCUUUGGGUAUACCGGAUACCCAAAGGAAGAAAAAAAACGCCCAGAACCUCUCUCUCUCUCUCUCUCUCUCUCUCUCCAAUUCAACAUGGGAAUCAGCAAUGAUAAAACCACAAUUCCAGCUCCACCCUCCGACGACGACGACCUCCCCAACCCGUUCGCCGCCCAGCUCGGCCUCCCCCUCUCCGACUUGGAGCUGCGAGAAACCGCCUACGAAGUCCUCGUCGCAUCCUGCCGGAGCACCGGCGCCAAUCCACUCACCUACAUCUCUCAGUCGCAGAGGUCGUCGCCGGCGACGGACAGGUCGCUGUCGAUGCCGUCGCCGCGGAGGUCGCCGCCGAAGUCGGCGACACCGAAGAAGUCGACGACGGAGAAAUCGUCCAGCAAUACGUUGGGGCUGAGGAAGUCGGCGGCGGUGAAGAAGGGUCGGGAUUUGUCGGGUCAGGACGCGGGUAAGGCGAAGAGACCCGUGACGGUUCCGGAUUUGGUGAGGGUCCAGAUGGGUAUUUCGGAGCAUGCGGAUUCGAGGAUCAGGAGAGGGUUGUUGAGAAUUGCUGUUGCACAGGUUGGAAAACGCAUUGAGACAAUGGUUCUACCACUAGAACUAUUACAGCAGUUUAAGCAUACCGAUUUUCCAAAUCAACUAGACUUUGAAGCGUGGCAGAAAAGAAAAUUAAAGAUUCUCGAAGCAGGUUUACUCUUGCAUCCUCACCUGCCUUUAGAUAAGAAUGAUACCGCUCCACAACGGCUAAAGAAGUUGAUUUCUGGAGCCUUGGAAAAGCCCAUAGAGACCGGAAAGCAGAGUGAAAAAAUGAAAGGUCUCAGGACUACUGUAAUGUCUCUCGCAUGCAGAUCAUUUGAUGGAUCUGUUUCGGAGACAUGCCACUGGGCAGAUGGAGUUCCUCUUAAUCUCUGUCUCUACCAAAUGUUUUUAGAAGCAUGCUUUGACGCGGAUGAAAAAACGUCCGUUGUGGAAGAAGUCGAUGAGGUGUUGGAUCUCGUGAAGAAGACUUGGGUGGUCCUUGGAAUAAACCAGAUGCUGCAUAACCUUUGCUUUUCGUGGGUGUUAUUUCACCGUUACAUUUCAACGGGACAAGUUGAGACUAACCUGCUCUUUGCUGCUAAUAGUCUGUUGGUCGAAGUUGAAAAGGAUGCAAAAGCAACUAUGAAUGCGGCUUGUUCCUCAAUCUUGAGUUCAACAUUGAAUCUUAUUCUGGGUUGGACAGAGAAAAGUCUUCUUUCUUACCAUGAUACCUUUUACAGUGAUAACAUUGACGUGAUGCCAAUAUUUGUAUCUCUGGCGGUAUUAGCAGCCAAGAUAUUGGAAAAGGACAUCUCUUCGGGGAAAGAAGUCGAUGUAGCGCGGGACAGGGUUGACAUGUACAUCAGAUCGUCUGUACAUUCUGCUUUUUCUCAGGCAAUGGAGAUGAUAAAAUCAAGCAAGAAGUCGUCUAAAAACCAGCGAAAUCCUCUUCCUGUCCUUUCAAUUCUUGCACAAUACAUCAUCGAAGUAGCUCUUAAUGAGAAGGAGAUAUUUAGUCCUAUACUGAAAAGAUGGCACCCUCUUGCAGCAGGUGCAGCCGUAGCUGUGCUUCAUGCUUGCUAUGGAAAUGAAUUAAAGCGAUUUGUUAAAAUUGCGGGUAUUGGCGAGUUGUCACCCAAUGUUGUAUUAGUGUUGUAUGCUGCAGAUAAGUUGGAAAGGGUUCUUGUUCAAAUAGCUGUUGAAGAUUCAGUUGAAAGUGAGGAUGGUGGGAAGGCGGUAAUCCAGGAGAUGACUCCUUUUGAGUCUGAAGGUGUGAUGGACAGUCUUGUGAAGACAUGGAUAGGGACAAGAGUCGACAGGCUUAGGGAAUUGGUUGGCAGGAAUCUGCAAGAAGAGGAUUGGGACCCAGAGGCAUACAAAGAGCGAUAUGCUCCGUCUGCUGGUGAUGUUCUACGAAUGAUGGAUGAAACAGUCGAAGCAUUCUUUUUGUUGCCAAUGACAAGGCAUCGGGCUUUACUUCCUGAUUUGAUGGGAGGUCUUGACCAAUGUUUGCAACAAUACAUAAUGGAGGCAAAAUCUGGCUGUGGAAGCCGAAAUACUUUCAUUCCUGUCAUGCCUGCCUUGACCAGAUGUAAAACCGGAUCAAAACUACCUGUUGCGUUUAAGAGGAAAGAAAAUUCAUAUGCAGCUCAGGGGAGGAAACCUCAAUUGGGAACAACUGAUGGGGAGAAUUCACUGGGGCUGCCGCAGCAAUGUGUUCGUAUUAACACUAUGCAGCAUAUUCGGGUAGAGUUGGAAGUUUUGGUAAAGAGGAUAAUAAACCGUCUGAAUUCUAAAUCUAGUAGCCCGGAAGAUAUUUCCCAGGGGAUCGGCAAAAAGUUUGAGCUUUCCAUAGCUGCUUGUGUGGAAGGGCUCCAGCAACUUUGCGAGGCAACCGCGUAUAAGGUCAUAUUUCAUGAUCUAAGUCGUGUUCUUUGGGAUGGCCUGUAUGUAGGAGAAGUUGCUCUCUCUAGGAUCGAACCCUUCCUUGAGGAGCUGGAGCAACAUUUGGAGAUCAUUUUAGCAACAGCGCACGACAGAGUUCGAACACGUCUCAUCAUUGAGGUAAUGAAAGCUUCUUUUGAGGGGUUCUUGUUCGUUUUGCUUGCUGGAGGCCCUUCUCGUGCUUUUACGAGGCAGGAUUCGGAUACUUUGGAGGAGGAUUUCAUGUUUCUUAUGGAUUUGUUCUGGUUCAACGGUGAUGGAUUGCCAUCUGAGUUGAUAAUCAAGGCUUCAACCACAGUGAAAGGUGUCAUUCCCCUUUUUCGCAUUCCUACAGAAAGCCUUAUCGACCAAUUCAGGCGCAUUACACAAGAUACCUAUGGUUUGUCUGCUAAAUCCAAGCUUCCAUUGCCUCCGACUUCAGGUAAGUGGGAUCCCACUGACCCGAACACGCUUUUGCGAGUAUUAUGUCACAGAAAUGACGAUAUGGCUUCUAAUUUCCUUAAGAAAACAUACAAUUUGCCAAAGGAAGUUAUUCAAGUCCAAGUCCCUGAGCUAAAACUGCCAUAUGACUCGAUGCUGGGUUAGAAAUGGCAUUUCAUACGACACACAAACAUCGGAAGCUCUUAUGAUAUACUCUGACCAGGGAUUCAGGGAAGCAGGGAGUUGCUCUUGUACAGUAUACUUAUGGGCAUGACUCUUUUGUUUAAGCGCCGCCAAUAACGGGUUGCUCUUGUACAGUACACAUGCGGCUGUGACUCUUUGCUUUAAGCGGUCGCUAAUAACGGGAACAAUGUACGUAUUCUUCUUGUGUAGCAGGCCACAAAGGCUUUAGAAGUCGAGGCCCGGGAAUUUUACAUAAUUAUCAUGAAGUCCAUUCCAACGAGUUUAGAAGUGUUUGUUUGACCCGGUGAGCUUCUUGGGUCAUCGAUGGAAAUGAUAAUUAUUGUUUUUUUUUUUUUUUUUCAAACUUCCUACUGUCUGCUUCAGAAAUGUGAUCAGUUUGCAGAAUAAGAACAUAAGUUUGCCUAUUUAUAACAAAGACGUGGAAGGCAUAAUGUUGAUUGUGUGUUAUGGCAUUUUAGAACAUGAAAUGGAUUGCUUUAUUUUGAUCCUC